AUGUCUUCAUACCUCUUAGAGCGCUGGUCGCUCACUUUCUUGUUUCUCCUGGGGGUACUAUCAAUGGCAACAGCUUCUCCAGUGGGUCCCCGUUCUUGUAAAAUAAACCCUGCCGACCUUCCGGACCUCAUAGAUAUAACCAUAGACGAAAUUUCUGCACAUCUUCGCGACGGCUGCUUCUCCUCCUACCAGUUAACAAGCGCUUACAUCGCUCGCAUACGACAAGUGAAUUGCACCUUCCACGCAGUUCAAGAAAUAAACCCCGAUGCCCUCGACAUCGCCAAAGCUCUUGACAGCGAGCGAUCUCGCGGCAAGAUCAGGGGCCCACUGCACGGCGUUCCUAUUCUUUUAAAGGAUAACAUAGCAACACUUGACAAACUGAAUACUACGGCUGGUUCCUACGCCUUGGUGGGGGCAAAGGUCAAAAGAGACAGUACGGUAGCCGCUAAAUUGCGCUCCGCUGGUGCAAUAGUCCUCGGUAAGGUGGGCUUGUCGCAAUGGUCUAAUCACCGUUCUAGCAAUAGCACCCCAGGCUGGUCUUCCCGUCACGGCCAGAUCACUAGUGGAUACUAUCCAGGGUUGCGUCCUGAAGGUAGUAGUAGCGGUUCCGCUGUAGCUACGGAUCUAGGUCUCGCCCUCGGAGCUCUAGGAACUGAUACAUCAGGCUCGAUUGUAACUCCUGCUUGGAGGAACAAUUUAGUGGGGAUAAGACCUACUAUGGGCCUCACAUCUCGAGCUCUUGUAAUACCCAUCUCUGAGCGACAAGAUAGUAUAGGCCCUAUGGCUCGUACUGUUAAGGACACCGCCUAUAUCCUUUCCGCCAUCGCUGGGAAAUGUUCAGCAGAUAACUACACAUCUGCUAUACCUUUCGACAAGAUUCCAGAAUACUGGCGGGAUCUGAACAAAGAUUCCCUUCGAGGUGCUAAAAUCGGCAUACCUUCCGCUGUUAUAAAAGAUAUUAUGAACAGUACCGAUCCUUUCAGAGUGGAGUUUGAAAAGGCAGUGGAUAUCAUCCGCGAUCUUGGCGCCACCAUACACGAAAAUCGAGAAUUCACGGAUUACGAAGACUACAAAGCUUUUACUCUCAACUUCACGCUAUACUCGAUCUGCGGGAUGGAGUUCAAGACGGGUAUUAAGAAAUAUCUAAACGACCUAGCAGUUAAUCCCAAUAAUAUCAAGGACGCCUUUGGUCUUAUCAACUACACGCGCUCAGAUUCAAGAGAAGAGUACCCUGACCGUAACGUAUUUCUCUGGGAAGCCGACACCGAAAAGCUUCCGUGUGAAGAUAACACUUGCAAGGUGGCAUGGGACCUCACUCAGCUUCGUUAUCGUCUUGGUGGCGAAGGUGGUAUCUUGGGUGCGCUCGCAUCCGCUGGAGGACCUGACGGGCUAGACGCUCUAAUCGUACCAGCACACUACGCUCCUGUUGAUAUUGCUGCAAUUGCUGGCUUACCUGUAGUUACAGUGCCAUUGGGGUUUCGUUCGAACGAUACAGUGGUAGAGAAGGAUGAAAGAGGGGUAGUAACAACCGCGCCGAACGAACCGUUUGGGCUCCUAUUCAUUGGGAAAGCAUGGGACGACCAAAAGUUGCUCAAUUUCGCCUAUGCAUUCGAACAGAAGACGCAGGUUAGAAAAAAUGGACCGAAGCAAUACAAAAGACCUACAGCCCAGAUAAAAGAUUUUCUGUGA